CCGGGAAGAGACAGCACAGGACGGGGGGAUCGGGCUCGGUGAGGGCGCUUUUGGCGGCGGAAGGACGCUGUGACCUGUCGUGCCCGGCGGCGGGGAGGAGCGGCCGGAGGGCUGGGCCGGGCGGUGCCGGGGCCCGGAGAGGCUGCGGGACGUGUGGGGCUCGCUCCUCGUGUUGUGACCCGGCGCGUCCUUGCAGGGCUGCAGCGGCUCCUGCGCUUCCAGUGCUGCCAGGGACGUGCUCCGAGGCUCGCUGUGAGCUUUUUGUAGCUGAAGGAAGAUGAUGGAAGAGAGUGGGAUAGAGACGACUCCACCUGGCACACCCCCUCCAAGCACAGCAGGGGAGGCUGAAGCUGCUGCUACACCUGUCACAUUAGCUUUGUCCAGCCCUCUUGCCAUGCCAAGCAUGCCAUCUUCUCCUGCCUACACACCACCUUUGCCAGCUGGAGUGUCCCCAGUUCCUCCUCCCAUGAUGACCUCGGCCUCUCUUCCACUUGUGCCUUCUGCAACCAUUUCUACAAUUGCACCACCCCAAAGCCCUGUCCCACCUCCUGCUGCCCCUGCAGCUUUCAGCACCCCCGUGUCCCAGUUCCCUGCUCCUCCUCCGCUCAGCUCUGCUGCUGGUCCUACCCUUCCUGCCCCUCCCACUGGUCCCCCCAUUUCAGGGUUUUCCAUGUCUUCCACCUAUGACAUCACCCGAGGCCACGCUGGCCGAGCACCUCAGAGCCCACUGAUGCCUUCAUUUUCUGCACCUCCAGUCACAGGUGUUUUGGCAGAUCCCAUUACUCAACAGGCAACUUUCUCAUCAUCUUUGUCUCCUGGGGCUGGUUCUUCAAUCACUUUUCCUGAGGAGCAUGAAGAUCCCAGAGUGUCCACUGCCCAGAGUGGAGCACCUGCUGGAGGACUCUGGGGGUUUAUAAAGGGUGUAGCUGAGAAUCCCAUGGUGAAGUCUGUUCUUGAUAAAACCAAGCAUUCAGUGGAGAGCAUGAUAACAACGCUGGAUCCUGGCAUGGUUCCCUAUAUCAGAACCGGGGGAGAGCUGGACAUAGUGGUUACAUCUAAUAAAGAGGUGAAAGUCGCAGCAAUUCGGGAUGCCUUUCAAGAAGUCUUUGGGAUGGCUGUUGUGACUGGAGAGGCUGCACAGUCCAACAUUGCACCCCAGCCCGUGGGCUAUGCUGCAGGCUUAAAAGGAGCCCAGGAGAGGAUAGACAGCCUGCGCCGGACAGGAGUCAUCCACGAGAAGCAGCCUGCUGUGUCAGUGGAAAACUUCAUUGAGGAGCUGCUUCCUGACAAGUGGUUUGACAUUGGAUGUCUGAUCAUUGAGGAUCCAAUUCAUGGAAUUCACCUGGAAGCAUUCACCCAAGCAACACCAGUGCCUUUACAAUAUGUUCAGCAGGCCAAGAGUCUGACCCCUCAGGACUACAGCCUGAGGUGGUCAGGGCUGCUGGUGACGGUGGGCGAGGUGCUGGAGAAGAGCGUGCUGAAUGUGAACAGGACGGACUGGCACGCGGUGUUCACGGGCAUGUCCCGCCGGCAGAUGAUCUACAGCGCGGCCAAGGCCCUGGCAGGGAUGUACAAACAGCAGCUGCCACCCAGGACCGUGUGACAGCGGUGGCACCCUCACACCAGGAGUACUGGGUUUGGUUCUAGGAUGGAAGUGAAAGCCGUGUGUUCCCAUUGUCAGCCACACAGAUUUGUAAUUUUAACUCUAAACCGUUUCUACUUCUUGAGAAGUGAAGGUGAUUUCCAGGAGUGGAAUUGCAGUUUUUAGCUAAUGUGUGAUUUCCAGUAUGAUUCAUCAAACAAACAUGUAUUUAUGACUGGUACAGGCAGCAUUGCAGUUUUUUAACUGGAAUGUGCUGUGGUGUGAUACCUUACCAGGCAUUUAUUGAGAUAGUUAGUUAGUAUUCUUUCUAAAGGGGAUAUUUGUUUAGCUAUUUCUAUUAUAUUAGUAAUAUAAACAUGUUGACAGCAUAACAUGUAUGUUAUAUAUGCAUUUCAAUCCAGAGAGACUACCUUCUGUAUUACAUGUGUUUUUUGGGGCAUGUGUUUAGGGGAUACUUAACACCUCCUUGGGUUGGUGUCUGUAUAUAGUUCUCAGGAGCGAUGCCAAGUAGUCUCUACAGCACAUAACAGUGAGCUGCUGAAGAAGAGCACAAAUCCAUGCCCUGUUAGUUGAAGUUGUUGCUAAAUAAUUCUGAAUUCCCAUUUUCUGUGCUGCAUCUUUCUGCUUUUUAUGUAACAGUAAUUAAAUGCGUGGCCAGCUGAAGAACCACAGACAAAAUUUCAAGUUGUUUCAGUGGGUUUUAGAUCAAGUACUGCACUCCCCACAUGAAAUAAUCUCAGCAGUUUGAAUAAUAUGAUUUAUUCCAGUGCUUCCAGACUUCAUUUGUUAUAUGUAAUUAUGUAAUUUUUUCUAUGUAGCUAGAGUUGUCAGUAAUUUGAUUAUGGAAAAUGGUGAUGUGUUUAUCACUUGCUUUGCUAUUCUGGGUUUUCUAAACACUUCUAAGUCUAAAAGCUCUCAUGAUGUCAUGAGCUCAGUUUCUCAAGUUUUCAGUGGUGUCUGGUUUUUUUUGUGGCUAUAAAUAUCCUCCAUACAUGCUCACAUAAUCUUAAGUCUUAGAAAUAUGGAAGUAAUUGCGAAGAAAAUAUUUUGGUAAUAAUACUUUUUUAAGAAAUAAAGAAUAAACAAAUACUUUUUGUUUGCCUUAAAGAAGCAGUUUUUUAGCUUAUAUUGCUCAGCUUUUACCUUUCUUAGAUGCUUUCAAAGAACAUUUUGUAUACAAUAUACUGUUAAGCCGGCUCAUAUUUGUACCCAAUGAAAGUCUGUCUAUUUCCAAGUAAUAUAUUUGGCCUUAAUUGGCUUACUCUGUAAAGCAGUUGAAUAAAUGUUUUCCCUAGAGAAU